ACGCCGCCUCCGCUUGAGCCAGACGAAACCCUAGGAAUCGCCGACCCGACUCGCCGCCGCCUUCGCCGCUGCCGCCGCGACGACUCCGGCGCUCGGAUGGCGGAGUACGAGGAGCAGCGCCACGAGGGUAACGGGAACGGCGACUCGGCGGCCGCCGUGUACCCUGCGCCCGAGGGGUCCCCGCCCGCCGCCGCCAACGCCAAGCCCACCGGCUUCUCCGACAGCGCCGACGGGGGUCGAUCUCAGCACGAGGCACAGCCACUCGAUGGCAGGUCCUCAAAGUCUAGAGAGAGGGACAGAGAACGUGAGAAGGACAAAGACAGGGAACGAGACAGAGACCGCGGUAGAGACCGGAGGGACCGUGAUCGUGGUGUCAAGGACAGGGACCGUGAUCGCCACAGGGAUCAUCGUGAUAGAAGUGAAAGAAGGGAGCACCGUGAUCGUGAACGUUCUGAUGAUCGUGAUCGACGCUGGGGCCAUGAUUCUGAAAGGAGAAGAGACCGUGAUGGUCACCGCAGGCAUCGCUCUCGGUCCCGCUCUCCUUCAAAGGGUCAUGACCGUAGAUCUAGGUCUCGUUCACGCUCUCGUUCAAAGAGCAAGCGCGUGAGUGGAUUUGACCAGGGACCAUCACAGCAAGCCAUUUCUACACUUGCUGCUGGUGCAGCCCCAGGUCAGUUACCUGUUGUGCCCCCUGUUAUUCCUGGGAUGCUUCCAAACAUGUUCAAUUUGACUCAACCCCAGCAGUUCACUCCACUUGUUAUUCAACCACAAGCUAUGACCCAACAGGCUACUCGACAUGCUAGGCGUGUUUAUGUUGGUGGACUUCCUCCCACUGCUAAUGAGCAUACUGUUGCUGUAUUCUUCAAUCAAGUUAUGGCUGCUAUUGGUGGUAAUACAUCUGGUCCAGGUGAUGCUGUUCUUAAUGUCUACAUAAACCAUGAUAAGAAAUUUGCAUUUGUGGAGAUGAGGUCUGUAGAGGAAGCAAGCAAUGCCAUGUCCUUGGAUGGUAUAAUGUUUGAGGGAGCACCUGUGAAGGUUAGAAGGCCAACAGACUAUAAUCCUUCCCUAGCAGCUGCAUUGGGCCCAAGCCAGCCAAACCCUAACCUCAAGCUUGCUGCUGUUGGCUUAACCCCUGGCUCAUCUGGAGGUUUAGAGGGUCCUGACCGCAUUUUUGUGGGCGGGCUCCCCUAUUACUUCACAGAAGCUCAAGUUAGGGAAUUGCUUGAAUCCUUUGGACCACUGCGCGGUUUUGAUCUUGUAAAGGACAGAGAAACUGGUAACUCGAAGGGUUAUGCCUUCUGUGUAUACCAGGAUCUCAAUGUCACGGACAUUGCCUGUGCUGCUCUUAAUGGUAUCAAGAUGGGAGACAAGACCCUCACUGUUAGACGAGCAAACCAAGGUGCUUCUCAACCUAGGCCAGAGCAAGAGAGCAUGCUACUACAUGCACAGCAACAGGUCCAAAUGCAGAAACUCAUGUACCAAGUUGGAGGAGGAGCCCUACCUACAAAGGUUGUAUGCCUUACUCAAGUGGUUUCAGCAGAUGAACUGAGGGAUGAUGAGGAAUAUGAGGACAUUGUGCAAGACAUGAAGGAAGAAGCGUCCAGAUAUGGUAACUUGGUGAAAGUUGUGAUCCCGCGACCUGAUCCCAGUGGUGCUCCUGUUGCUGGAGUUGGCAGGGUGUUUUUGGAAUUUGCAGAUGUAGAGAGCUCGUCCAACGCGAAGAACGGGAUGCACGGGAGGAAGUUUGCCAACAACCAGGUGGUGGCUGUGUUCUACUCCGAGACCAAGUUUGCUGAAGGGCAACAUGAUGAAUGAACACACCAUAGUCGCGCUCUCAAUUAUAUCGCCAUAAGGCGGUUCUUUUAUGCAAAUUUGCGUCCAGCUUUCCGUGUUAUUUGAACUUAUAUUAUAGGGUAGAGAUUGGUGCAGGACUGCAGGACCAUAUCUGUGCUUAUGUUUUUUUUACUUUGAUAGAAAUUGUUGCAACGUUGUAUUUUUGGUAGAAAGUUUUCUCAUGGUACAAAAUCUGGGAAAGUUUGUCAUGAAGUCAGCCGCGUUGACGCGGUUUCAUGUUGAACUCGGUACAUUUGGGAAACUCAGGAAACUGCAAUACUCGAGGGGCAAAUUCCAGGAAAAAAACUGUAAUUAGACCUAAUCCUAGGCACUGAUGCACGUGGAAGUGUUUCAUAAAA